AACAAAAUUAAAAGUUAAACAUAACCUUAAAUUCAUCUCUAUUUGUACUGGAUUCUUAAAAGUUUUUUAACGCAAUUUUGAUUAAUUUAAAAUGAAUAAAAUACUAAAACCUAUAUUCAGGUCGACGAAUAUUUCUCCUUUUAAAGAAUUUAUAAGAUUAAAGGGUCACAGUAAAUGGCAAAAUAUUAAACAUACAAAAUCUAAAAUGGACAGUGAGAAAUCCGCAAUGAUAAUGAGAUACUUGAGGCAAAUGAGAGCAGCAAUAGCAGCCGAUGGUGAAGCGAAUCCGAAGAAAAAUUUAAAACUAGCUUAUUGGAUAGACGAAGCAAAAAGAAAACAAGUACCGAAUGGAACUAUUACAACAUUUCUCGAAAGAUAUCAACGUGAAAAAAUUAAAGAACACAAUGUUUGGGUUAACGUUCUAGGUCCAGAUUCAUCUUUCCUUAUAUUUCAUUUAGUAACAGAAAGAUUGCACGAAACUAAAUCACUUGUUAAUAAUCACAUCAGGAAAUGCAUGUGUAAAUUAGCAGAUGGCGGAGUAAAAUCAGUAUUUAAUAUUGAGGGUCACAUUCUAGUAAAAAAAAGUGUUGAUAUCGAUGAAGCAACUGACAUCGCAAUAGAAAUUGGAGCAGAGGAAGUUUUGGAGGUUGAGCAAGACGGUGAAGUCUAUAUUAAGUUUAUUUGCAAUCCAGCGCACGUAAUGGUGGUAAAAAAUAAUUUACUAAAAAAGAACUUGGACGUUAUUUCAGCAGUCGAAGAAUAUAUUCCACAUUCAUUAGUUGAAGUUAAUGACGAAGGAGUUGAAAAUGUUAGCAAACUUAUUGACCGGGUAAAAGCAAUGCCAGAAUUUGUUCAAGUUUACGAUAAUAUCGCGUGAAAUGUUUUUAAACUAGAGUCUUUUCUAAAUAUCCACAGAUGAUACUUGUAAUAUAAUACUUUGUGUUGUAAAUAAACUAAUUUCUUCUAAAGAAA